AUGCUCGAGCUGCAACGUCUUGAAGCAACCAUCCACCAGUCCAUUCCUCCACACAAGAACAUCAUCACACUUUACCGAACCUACGAGACCCCCGAGUGGCUCUUUUUGGUGCUGGAGUACUGUCCCGGUCAGGACCUCUACUAUUGGCUGGAACAGGCUCACGACGUGGAUGGCGAGAGCGAGGAAGCGGCUCAGGCAAUCAUGUUUAGGCAAACCUGCGAGGCGGUGCAAUUCUGUCAUGAUCGAGGCAUAGCUCAUCGCGAUCUGAAGCCAGAGAACCUCAUCGUCUACGAUCGUCGUGGGGAGCUGGAGCAGCAAGCGGUCAUUGUCAAGCUCACCGACUUUGGUCUGGCAACAGCCGAUGCCGAGUGUCGCGACUUCUCGUGCGGAUCUCGGCCCUACAUGUCACCAGAGUGCCACCUCAACCUCUCCGAGUCGUACGACCCCUUUCAGGCGGACGUUUGGUCACUUGGAAUUGUCCUCUUGAACAUG